CUGGAGAAACUUUGGGAAGCACAAUGGAUCGCCUCCACUUCCAGCAAUCCUCUGCAUAGGAACCUCCAUUCCCCCGGGGCCUCACCCUAAGGUAGUCCCCAGUACGGCCAUCAGACUCCUAGAAGUCUGGAUCUUCAUCCUCUUCACUACCAUGUCCUCAGUGAAACGGAGAAAGCACCUUACAGAGUGGGAAUGUCAGGAUCUAGCACAAAGCUAUGAAGGCUCAUCAGCACUCACCCAGCCAUUCAGCCAGAGACGAAGCAACAGGGAUUUAAACCUGGGCCUGUAUCCCUGGACCAAAAAAGAGAGAAGUGCCAGAGGUCAAACAAGUGGUAGCUUUCUACACAAAAGCAGUACCAACAGAAGUCAGACACCUGUGGCUGAAAUGAAUGAAGUACUCCCUGAUGACCUUUUCGAUGAGAUAGAUGAUAAUGCAAUGCUUUGUGUGGAUGAGGAGGAUUUUCUUUCUACACAACUUUCUUCAAACAGAAAGCGGACUUUUACUUUAAUGCAGAGUCAGAGCCAGAAUUCACACUCUAGCUAUUCAGAUGAAAUCACACCCUCUUCAAGCAGUUUACUAGAAGAAAAUGAAGAUAACGAUGAAGAAAUAGUUUGUCUUCUUGAUUUGCUUCCAAGUUCUCACUAUGGCCUUCUGGGAGUAACCAACGAAGAAGACAAAUCUUGGGGGAAUAUUAAUCAAUUUCCAAGGGAACUUCUCCAGUGUAUAUUUAGUUUUCUUCCUGUUGUGGACCUCUAUAUGAACGUGAGCUUAGUGUGUAAAGAAUGGAGGACUGUUGUUAAUGAUCCACUGUUCAUUCCUUGGAAAAAGCUUUACCACCAGUACCUUGUAAAAAAUAAGGAAGCUAUGGUUAAAGUUGAAAGUAUUCUCAAGAAGAAUGGAAUAAUCAGAGAAAAUGAGCUCUGUGUCCUGAAUCUUAUAAAGUACUUCACAAGUCUCAGAAGUCCUCGGAGUACAGAUCAGAGAGCGAUAAUGGUAUGUCUGAGGUACCAUCAUUUAUAUCCACUGGCUGAAGCAUGUGUUAUCAAUAGAUUGCCGGAGCUUGGAAAUACUGCCGAGACUAUAAACCCUUGGGCUGUGUUUGCAGUGAUUGUUCUUCUUUCUGGCACCGUUAGUGAUAUCCAGAAGCUAAUUAGGGGUGUGUUAAAAUCUACGGUCAGAUUUACUGAAAUCACAGAAGCUUUCUAUUGCUUUGCAACACUUCUUUAUGCUAUGAGACAAGAAGAUAUCCUUAUAAGUAACAGGAUUUACUACAAUGUUAUCUAUUGCUUAUAUCUUCAAGAAAAUAGCUGUGCUCCACCAAAAACAUUUCCUUUUAAAUCAGAGCAGAGACCAACCUUAAAUCUAACCAAAGAGCAAAGGCAAAUAAUAAACCAUGACAUUGCUCCUGGGCAGGUGGUGAAAAUCAUGGCUUUUGCAGGUACUGGAAAAACGUCAACUCUGAUCAAGUAUGCAGAGAGCAGACCUCACCUUCAAUUUUUAUAUGCCACAUUCAACAGGUCUAUCGCAGAACAUGCUGCCUUGCUGUUUCCCAGGAAUGUGAAGUGCAGGACUUUCCAUUCUUUGGCCUUUACACAGACUGGUGUAUUGUAUAAAAAUAGAAAUAAAUUAAACCACUCCAAGCUGACACCAUUUGCAGUAAACUUUGUUCUUCCUGAAAAAAUGGCUGGAUUUAUCAGGGCAAAGCUUGUUGUGAAGACUCUUGAAACAUUCUUCUCUUCUGCUGAUGAAAAUAUAGAUGUAGAGCAUGUUCCUAUCUGGUGCAAAAAUAAUCGUGGAAAUCAAGUGCUGGUGACAGAAGAAGAAAAACUGUUUACUGUAAGGGAAGCCUCUAAGAUAUGGAGGGAGAUGAAACUCCUUAAGGAAACCAGACAGUUUGCUUAUAAAAUGACGCCCGAUGGCUACCUGAAACUUUGGCAGCUACGUAGGCCCCGCCUCACAGGUUAUCAUGCAGUAUUUGUUGAUGAAGCUCAAGACUGCACGCCAGCCAUAAUGGAUGUAGUACUUUCUCAGCCCUGUGGGAAGAUUUUUGUUGGUGACCCUCAUCAGCAGAUUUAUACAUUUCGUGGGGCUGUCAAUGCUCUUUGUGAAGUUCCACACACUCACAUCUUCUACCUCACUCAGAGCUUUCGGUUUGGUGCAGAAAUAGCUUAUGUUGGUGCCACUGUUCUUGAUGCCUUCAAGAAAGUGAGGAAUAAAACUCUAGUUGGAGGUUUUCAGGAAGGCAACAUUAAUGGGCAGUCCCAAGAAAAGCCUGCUAUUUUGUGCCGAACAAAUUCCUGCGUCUUUGAUGAAGCUGUUCGAGUGACUGAAGGAGAAAAACCUGCACAAAUCCAUAUAAUAGGCGGACCCAAAAAUUUUGGAUUAAAUAGAAUUUUAGAUAUCUGGAUCCUGCUUCAGCCAGAAUCAGAACGACAGAGAAAACAGCUCUUCAUAGAAGAUUCGUACAUAAGGAUGUGGGCAAAGAAGGGAGGGUUCUCUGCUUUAAAAAUGUAUGCAGUAAGUUCAGAAGACAAAGAACUGGAGGCUAAAAUCACUGUAGUCGAGAAAUAUAGGAACAGAAUCCCAGAGCUUGUAAACAGGAUAAUAAGCUGCCAUAAAGAUGAUGAAAAGCAGGCAGAUUUUAUUUUGGGAACAGUACAUAAAGCCAAAGGGAUGGAGUUUGAGACCGUGCAACUUACAGAUGACUUUUUUAAAAUUCCUGCUGCAAGACACAACUUAGAGAGACUGAAUAUUAAUAUCACAAAUUGUGUAUCUGGGGAAGAUGAAUGGAAUUUGUUGUAUGUUGCAAUAACCAGAGCAAAGAAAAACCUCAUAAUGACCAAAUCCAUUGAGAAUAUUAUGACUUUAACUGGGGAGUACUUCCUGAGGGCAGAGUUGAGCAGCCUGGUUUUGAAGGAUGGUCCAGUACAGUGUGCUCUUAAACACUGCAACAACAGUCUGCUGGAAGAUGCUGUCUUGACACUGAAGAAAUUCCCAAUGAUUUAUAGUGACAAAUCUGAAGACGAAGGAGGCUAUAUCUGCCAUGCUUGUGUCCAACAGCGGAUUGGCCCACUCACUUCCUUGAUGGUUUGUCCAGAACGGGUAAAAUCCAUGAAGAUUAAUGUGGAAAAUGUGCAACUUCCCAGAAACUUUCAGUUGCUUUUAGAAGCUUUUUAAUAAAACAAUGAAGGAAAAGCAGUAAUUUUGCUGAAUGUACAAUAAAACAUUAACUCCAGUUUUUACUUGAUUAACAUCAGUAAUUAGGAUUUAUACAAGAUUUACACAAUCGGCAUGAAAUAUUACACCAACUUUUUUUGGUCAUUUUACAUUUAGAAUCCAUUAUUUUAAGGAAAGUCAUUUUGGCAUUUUACUGCCAAUAGCGUAGCCACAUUAGUGCCACCUAGAAUGCUAUAUUCAUUCUGCAGAAUGCAUUACCAUACCUGAGUAACAAACCCUAAAAUCUCCCCCCGUUACGAUAGCAGCUGCCAUUUGUAGCUUCCAUGUUGCAGCUCUAGCGGUUGAUAACUCAGACCACACAUUCUGAUGGGAAUGAAUUCUUAUGGGAGGGGGAAGCAAAAGAAGGGAGAGCUGUGCAGACUCUGACCCCAGGAAUUAAGGUUUUUUCUGAGAGGAAGUCUGAUAUGAAAGUACAUGUGUACACAAAAAAAGGCAAGAAAUCCUCUGUUUCUUUUGAUACAGGACUCAGUGCCACUUUUCUGUGAGUGCAUAUGGCUGUAUUUACAUGUAUAUUUACAGCUUACUUAGUUUUACCUUUCCUUCUUCUUUAAUAUUUUUAGACAUUACAAUGGCUCACAAGCAAAAUGCCAACAAUGCUGUCAAGGUUAUCAAUUGUAUUAUUUUUGAUAAUAUCCAGUUAGUUUAAAAUAAUGUUGACUCUUUAAAAAUCCCAAGUGAAUAAAGAAUAUGGGAAUUUCUUGCCUGUGGUGAGCUCUGGUAUCUUGCAAAUGAUAUUGUGUGUAUAUAUAUAUAUAUAUAUAUAUAUGUAAUUGCUUUUGUAUUUCUUUAUAUCUGUUCUUUUGUGUGUGUGUGUGUGUGUGUAUUGUAUGUGUAUAUAAAAAUAAAUCGCUUGAUUUUCAAACA